GUACCAUACAAGUCUCCAACCUCGCAACCUCAACACAAAAUCUUACGACUGGAGAAUACACGAACGUCUGUGCCACCUAACGAUCUUCUUACGAAUUUGUUACACGCUUCGUUACGUGCGAAUACGAUCUCUACGGAAGGAAUAGGCGGUUGAGGACCGGACGUCGUUGAUUACAUCGUUCUUUCGUGAUCGCGAGCUCUUACCCGGUUUCUCGACGAGAUAUUCUCCACCUCCGGGAUCAUGGCGUCUAGAAAAAAGGUGCUCUUGAAGGUUCGUCACAUAUACGAGGGUUGGAAGAGAGGGAUGUGUGCUGAUGGGUGAUAGGUCAUCAUCUUGGGUGAUAGCGGUGUUGGGAAGACUAGUUUGAUGAAUCAAUAUGUAUGUUACGGCACGAUCUUUCAAGAACCCCCGAUACUUUUCAUACGAUGCAUACGCAUGUGCAGCGCAGGACAGAGGACUGAUUAGAGGAUAGGUCAACAAGAAGUUCAGCGCAAGUUACAAGGCUACCAUCGGCGCGGAUUUCCUGACGAAGGAGGUGUUGGUUGAUGAUCGUUUGGUGACUAUGCAGGUACGAUCACCCAUAACAUUCUGGCUGAAGGGCCUUAACUGAUCAUUGGUUUUUUUAGUUAUGGGAUACCGCCGGCCAGGAAAGAUUUCAGUCUUUAGGUGUCGCUUUCUAUCGUGGUGCCGACUGCUGUGUACUUGUAUAUGAUGUCAACAACUCAAAGAGUUUCGAUACACUUGAUAGUUGGAGAGAUGAGUUCCUGAUUCAGGCAUCACCCAGGGAUCCGGAUAAUUUCCCUUUCGUGAGUCUGAAUCACGAGGGCGGGGAUGGUACAUUGCUGAUGGCUUGUAGGUCGUACUUGGGAAUAAGAUUGAUGUGGAAGAGAAUAAGAGAGUGGUAUGUUAUGCAUUUUGCUGUUAGUAGAAGACAUGUUGCUAAUGUGAAUUAUAGAUUUCCGGAAAACGAGCUUUGACAUUUUGCCAGUCGAAGGGUGAUAUUCCUUACUUUGAGACGAGCGCAAAGGAGGCUAUUAACGUGGAGCAAGCAUUUGAGAGUAUGAAAUCCGCUAUUGACUCCUCUCAACUUGGACGGAAACUAACAUAUUAAAUAGCUAUCGCAAGACACGCUCUCGCCCAAGAAGAAUCCGAAGAAUUCAGUGGGGAUUUCUCGGAUCCAAUCAACAUCCACAUUGAGAACGACCGGGACGGAUGUGCAUGCUAGAAACGAGAUGAAUGAACCAUCCUGGGCGGCUGUCUCUUUGUUGUUUUCUCGAGGAUGAAUCGUUGGGUUAUAUUGACAUACUCAUCCUCUUUUUUUUUUUCUCCCUAUAUUCCGGCAUCGUU